AUGACCUUUGACUUAACAACGCGUAAAGAACUUAUUGUUGGUCCCCUUCGUUUCGACACAAAUAUCCAUGACCUGAGCCCCUGUUGUCUGAAAUCUGAGCAGUUGGUAUCUCCCUCUGCAUAUACGGCAUACCAAGUACAGUCUCUUGCAUUAGAGCAUGCCCGCUCUGACAUGCCUCCUGGAGGCAAGAAUGCCAGCCCUGUUGCAUUUGGAACACCCACGAAGAUCCAGAAUAUGAUGACGUCGGUACCACUGAAGAACGCGGAAACCAAAGUCAAGGCUGCGGCAAAAAGCCACUCGCGACUAUUCAAUCACAGCAAUUCACUAGAAUUCGUCACGAUUCUUGUUGACGAGGGCGGCCAGCCACCAUACAAACCACAAAAGUUUGUAAUUCACAAGGCUUUUGCUUGUCACCAUUCACCUGUCUUCAGAUCCGCAUUUAAUAGCAACUGUAUCGAAGGCGAGACUCAGGAAUAUCGAUUGACUAACACCACCGUCGGUACCGUCGAAUUAUUAUUCCAAUGGCUAUAUUCACAGGAUUUGAAUCUCACUCAACUAGAAGAGCAAAAGGCGGAAAUUCCCGAGUCAGGAUCUUUAGUCUUGUUAUGGCUGUUGGCUGACAAGCUCCUAAUACGUCGCCUACAAAACUUGGUUAUCCGCCAGAUUGAUGAGACCAUUCAGCAGUUUGGAUUGUUACCUUUACACGUGCUCCACACUGUGUGGCAAAACACUGCGGAAGGUUGCGCACUCCGUCGUUAUUUAAUCGAUGCAAUAAAUUGUAGAAUGGCUCAUGUGGACUUUAAAGCAUCCGCGGAAAGUUUCCCAAAAGACAUGCUGGUCGAAUUAGUUGUUGCUUUCAAAAAAAGGCUUCCUAAUGGCGCUACAUCAAACUGGACAGGAAAUAAUCUUUCUUCGUACUAUGUUCCCGAGGACUGA